GUUGUUCCGUGUUAUCGUCGCCGGCCAGAUGGAGAAGCUUCAACGGGGCGAUAAGCCGCCUCUAACCUCAAAAUCGCCGACGUAUGACAGUGUGAGGGGCCGCUCCCGGCGCGACGAUUGUCAAGCAUGACCGUCUGGGAGAGGUUGCGUAAUCCGUGCGGUUGGCGCGCGGGUGCCAAGCAGAUCUCCGUCGACGCGAUGCUGCCGCUGCUGGUCGUGCCGACCCUGGCGGUGAUGGCCGCCCAGGCCGUUUCCUGCACGAUCCUCGUGUUCCUGGCGACGCCGGUUCUCGUUUACUACCUGCACCACAAUUUCCUCAGGUUCCUGUUGCGCACCAAGUUCUUCCUCAUGUGGACGAUCACGAGCGUGCUGAUGCUGAUGCUGGUGUUCGAGGUGAGCGUCGUGCCGCUGCUGGAAAUCCUGCCCGAGGAGAACCUCCUGUUCAUAGUGUGCGUGGUGGGUGGUAUAUGGUGUGGCUACCGGGCCAAGUUGAACGCAGACUCGGCAGCGCAGGAAGGCGCCGUCAGCACGCAGGGUCUGGAAUUGGGCGAGGGCAGUGGUGAACUCUGCACCACGUGCAGGAGACGAGCGCCACCCAAGGCCCAUCACUGCCGUCUGUGUCAGACCUGUAUACUCAACAGGGAAUACCAUUGUAAAUGGUUGGAUUGCUGCAUCGGUUCCAGCAAUCUGAGGUGGUACUUGUGUUGUCUGUUCUUUUCUGCGAUCGCUUUUAUCUAUGGUUCCAACUUAACUAUGACCAGCGUUUGCCAUCCGUUCAUACUUAUCGGAACCGUACUCCUGCCGGACGAUUGCAGCGAUGUGUAUCAUCAGUUGGACAUCGCCCUUUGCUUCGUCUCCGCUCUCUACAGUCUCGUCGUUGGCGUAGUACUUUUUUACUAUCUUGUGUACCACCUAUGGCUGCUUUCCCUCGGCACGACGUCGAACGAGCGGCAAUUAUGCGCCGGAAGUCAGUAUAAUCACGGGAUGUUAAAGAAUGUGUUUCGGUUAUUUUGCUGCAAAACUUAGACAUCACUUGCAAACUAGGUCAACUGAAUUUUGCACAGUGUACGUACUACACUUUGUACAAAGAACACAAUAAAAUCAAACUCGGCAAGGUAGACGAUGGUAGGGCCAAGGAAAAAAAAACAGAAAAAUAUAUCAGGACGUGUGUCGAUGCUAGUAAGUUCGCUUGAAGGCUUAAAAGUGCAUCGGAACGUAAGCAUUAAAUAUCGGGUUCGUUUAAAUCGCGUACGUUAAUCAUCCUAUCGAUAAUCAACGAUAUCCAUAACUUCUGACAAGUACAACGCGUACUACUCCUUAUAAUGUUGCACUUGUAAGAAUAAUACUCGACCGCGAACAUAUCAUAGAGCACAAGUUCUCAUUAUCCAGUCGUCAUUAUCUUCCAUAACGUAUCAUUGUGCAUACCAUUUGUAUAUUUAUUGUAACUGUGAUAAAGUGGCCAUUGUACUGAGUAAAUUAUAUUAGCCAUUGUACUGAGGUAA